AAUGACGAGAUAAACGUAUCAUUAAUUAAGAUUAAGAAAGCUGUUAAACGGGGCUUUCUGAUGCUAUUACAUGCAUUACGGUAAUGACUGAGUGCCGUGCAGCAGCUGCAGACGGUGUGCCAGCGGGCAGUAUCCGGUUUCUUGGAGUUUAGCUAAGUUUUAGAGAGGAAAUGUCCAGCACACAGAGAAGAGAGUCCCCAGGAGACUUGUUGAGGAAGAACAGGAGGAGUCACCUUCUCAACCACAAAAUCCUCCUGAUGAAGGGCCAGUCAACCGAGUCACAUUCGAGACCAACGCCGUGGAGUUCGUGCUGCUGGAGAUUUCGCACGUAGCCGGUCACCAUUAAGGCCUCGAGAAACAGUCUGCUGGAAAACGGAGGCAGACCCCGACACUCACAACAUUCGCCCACCUCGAUUCACCCCCAAACGUUUCUCUGGUGUACAGCCUCCACUUACAACAACUGCAGACCAAGCACCAGGUGACAUCUUUGCUCUGUUUUUUGACAAAGAGGUCCUCAGAGUUAUAUGUGCCAACACCAAUAAAUAUGUUUGGGAGAAACAGGCUAUAGGAAGGAGGACAGACAGAUGGACUGACCUCACGCCCGAAGAACAAAAAAAAAUACCUGGGCUUGUUGCUGUAUAUGUCGGUCUGCAACUUCCCCAAAAUGUCAGACUUUUGGCGAAAAAAAACUAUAUUUCACGUGGCCUUCCCAGCGACAGUGAUGUCCAGAAAUAGGUUCACUGAUAUCACCAGCAACCUUCAUGUGAGUGAUCCAGAGGAGGAUACAGCAAAUGAGGGGAGAAGGGGAACAGAGGAGUAUGACCCACUCCAAGAACUAAAACCUCUCCUGGAGAUGAUCAGAACACGCUGCAAAAGUGUUUAUCAUCCAAAACAGCACAUUUCUGUUGAUGAAAGGAUGGUUGCCACUAAAGCCCGGAUAAAAGUCAAACAGUAUAUGAAAGACAAGCCGACAAAGUGGGGGCUAAAGUCCUUUGUGUUGGCUGAUGUAAAUGGAUAUACUGUAGAUUACAAGCUGUACACUGGCAAGAACAAUGCAGAUUCAGGGAAAGGGCUUUCCUUCGAUGUGGUCACAGAGCUUGUGAAGAAAGACUACCUGGGCAGUGGCUACGUAGUGUACUGUGACAAUUUUUACACCAGCCCUCAACUUUUUCAUCAUCUGAGCCAACAAGGGUUUGGAGCGUGUGGCACUUACCGCCAGGGCAGGGUUGGUGUCCCCACAACCCAAGAAAAUGCUCUAAACAAAAAUUCAAAAAGAGGCUCCAUCCGGUGGAUACGUGACGGUGAGCUGCUCUUUGUCAAAUGGAUGGACACCAGGGAAGUGUCCAUGUGCACCACUGUCCAUCCUGUUUACACUGGGGAGACUGUCCUGCGGUGGCAGAAGGACAAUGAUGGGCAGAGUCAGAGGAUCCCCGUGCCCAGGCCUACAGCAGUGGCCGAAUACGACAAAUACAUGGGGGGUGUGGAUACCUCUGACCAGAUGUUCGGAACAAACUCGGUGCACAGGAAAACCAAAAGAUGGCCAAUGACUGUUUUCCAGCACCUGCUGGACAUUGCUGUCACAAACAGUUUCAUUGUGCACAAGGAGCUCAGCAAGGCGCAGCAGCAGAAGGAAAUGAUACGCCAGGCUUUCCAGGAGGAGCUGAGUGCGCACCUACUCGGCGUGCCACUCAAGGCCACUUCCCUGUCCCAACCUGCAAAAAUGAGUGCACAAGAGAAAAGACAGCGUUGGGAAGGAGAAAGUGCACUCUGUGCCACAGAAGCACACCUUGGAUGUGUGAUGUGUGUAAUGUGGGUCUCUGUCUUCAGGUGGACAGGAACUGUUUCCGAAACUACCACUGCUAAAAACGCCUGGCUGUUCAAAUAGGACAGCCUGUGACACGGACUCAGGAAGCUCCAGAAAUGUGAAACUGUCUGAGUUGUUGUAAAAUAGUUUGAAUUAGAUUUUUGCAAUCUCAGAAAUGUUCAAUCUACACCUUUCAAGAAUCAGUAAAAUAAAGU